CUUCGAGCACCCGGGGCUGCAAACGGCGCCGCCUGGCCUCACUACGGAGGGAGACCUUCAGCGGCGGUGGGCAAGCGCGGCGCUGGGACCGAUCCCACCCGCGCCGAGGGAUCCGCGGAGAAAUCGGCGCCCCGAGGCGACGAGGAUGGCCCCAGCCUGGCCGAGGCCUCUUCCCGCCCCGGCCGAAGCGCCAGGCGAGGGACUGCUCUGAGGCUCGCCUGUCGGGCUGGGCUGGGCUGGGCUGGGGGCUCCCUGCGGCUGCCGGCCAGGAUGCAGCACGCCCUGGAGCUGGGCGCCCCGGCCCACUAUUUCCCCGCCGACGCCUUCGUCGACCACCGAUCGCAUCGCUAUCGGAGCUUUAUGAUCGAGGAGAUCCUGACUGAUCACCCGGACGCCAAAGGCUCGGCGCCGGCCGGGGAGCUGCUGAAGUUCGGCGUGAAGGCGCUCCUCUCGGCUCGGCCCUACCACAACCCUCUGGCGGUGCUGAAGGCGGAGCAAGCGGCCGUGUUCAAGUUCCCGCUGGCGCCGCUGGGCUGCUCCGGCCUGAGCUCGGCGCUACUGGCCGCUGGCUCCGGGCUCCAAGGCGCCUCUGGGCCCCCUCACCUGCCCCUGGAGCUGCACCUCCGCGGUAAGCUGGAGCAGGGAGUCCCCGAGGCAGGCGGCAAAGCCAAGAAAGGCCGUCGGAGCCGCACCGUCUUCACCGAGCUGCAACUGAUGGGGCUGGAGAAACGCUUCGAGAAGCAGAAAUACCUCUCAACGCCGGACAGAAUAGACUUGGCGGAGUCCCUGGGACUGAGUCAACUACAGGUGAAAACCUGGUACCAAAAUAGGCGAAUGAAGUGGAAGAAAAUAGUCCUGCAAGGCGGCGGACUGGAGUCUCCCACGAAGCCCAAAGGGCGCCCGAAGAAAAACUCGAUCCCCACUAGCGAGCAGCUGACGGAGCAAGAGCGAGCGAAGGAAGCGGACAAACAAGGGGAAAGCCUCGGAUCCCCCAGCCGCGGCAGCCAGGAGGAAUAGCGGAGCCCCGGGCUUGAGGGGUGCUCUCCGACAAUGAGGCUGGCGGUCUUCCGCGGGCGGCGAUCCCAGGCGCCUUUUCUGACGCCGGAGGCCGGACUCGGAAGGAGCGCAGCAGGAGCCUCCCGCUCUCGGCCUGGCGCGCCUCGCCAACCGACUAGCCCUCGCUGAGGCACCCUUUGAUUCCGCCACGUGGAUUGCCUUCUGCAAAGAGGAGGAGGCGAAGCACGGCAGGCCCGGCCAGGCAUUUUCUUUCUAAGAUGCUGCCCAGCGGAAAGAAGACGAUGGGAGACCAAAUGGUUAGUGGACUCUUCCCAGUUGAUUCCGUUGUAUUUACGAGGUGCUUGGCCGAUCUCUUCCCCGCUCCCUUUGUACAUACGUAAGGAAAACGACGCCCG